CUACCAUACCUAUUGUAACUAUAAUUAAAACACAAUUGAAUAUUUCCUUAAUUGUGUUUUUCGAGAACCUGAAUUAUUCUCAUUUCCCUAUUUUCCAAAAAUUAAUUUCAAGGAAAUUACGAUGCGGAAUUUAAUUAAACAACAAUUAUCAAUAUUCAUUAUAGAUUACGUCUAAAUGCUGUAAUAUAUGUCCUUGUUUUCAAUAUUUUAUCAAAACAUAUAUUGAUUAUAAUGGCUGUUCUUUGAUUGCAUUUACGACUGUAGGAAAACGAGUAUUCUAAAAUGGACGAUACUUCAGAUGCGCAACUGAAGCCUUCAUCAAUACCACCACCGCCACCUUUGCCUCAAGCGUCAGCGUUACCACCUCUGUCAGAGUUAGGAGUAGAUUAUCAGAUAAUGUUUAAAAAACCCUCAUCACAUGUUUCUGAGAUUCAAAAGUUGGAAGCAAUCCCUUGCAAUGACAAAGAAGAAAUUGGUAAUCGCUCCAACGAUUUAAAUGUGGACACCGACGACGACGACAACGACACCGCCGAUGAGGAUGACAAUGUUAAGUCCCUGUUAUCCCUUUAUCAUGAUGGGCACUGGAGUCGGCAGCAAUCAGAAGAUAUUUGUAACAUUCUAUGGAUAAACGAAAGGGAGCUUAAAAACAUAGAUUAUAGGGAAAAUGUCUGGUGUACAGCACACGUGAUUAAUUAUCUGAAUAACAGUGACCUGUCUUCUUAUGAGGAGAAAUGGAGGGAAGUAGAAGCUGAAUCAACACAAUGGCUUAUAUCCCAGCUUCAUGAGCGACAAAGUAUUGAAAUGCUGUUCAGAGAAAUUGGACUUCCAAAAUCUGAUAAAAAACAAGAGGAUAAAGAAUUUAGGAAACUACGAUUGAAACAUUUGUGUGACAUCUUGUGACAUAUUGUAGUAUAACAUUCUGUCAAACAAUGUGUUUGUUUGUUGUAAACAAAGAUGAAAUAUUGAAAUAUGAAUACACAAUCUUCUGCUUUGUCACCUGGUAAAAAGUUAUUUUAUAAUAUGCUGAUUUAUGAUUCGAUGAAUAUUGAUUUCAUCGCAAAAAUCAUUAAUAAAUAAUAAGCAUAGGAGAUGAUAACAAUAGGAAAAACCUUUUGAUUUUGUCCUGUAUUUUCUUUUCUUUCAAGCCACUUAUUUCUAAAAUGUCGGUUUUGUUUCACUACUUAUAUAAAAUUUUAUAUGUAUAUGAUACAAAACUGUUAAUUGCACUUUUUAUGUUACAAGAAAGCAAUUAUUACUAAUGCAUUUUUCAUAUGGUACCAGUGGUACUUCAUAUUAUGUUUCUUGAAGACGACACGGACUCGAAGUAAGGGAGAAAUUCCUGCUACUAAAAAUAUCAGCGUUGUAUAUCAGCUAUACUAAAAUAGAUAUAUAUAUAUCGUAUUUUCAUGUGUGUCGGAUUUCCUUCAGGCACUUUUCA